AUGGCAGCGCGGGCCUCUUGCGCUGCCAGCCGCAGCGGCUGGCCGCUUCCUGCCGCGUCAGCCGAUGCCGCAGGCCAGAUGCUUUCGGAGUUCACGGAGUUCACGCUCGCGCGGGUCUUGUGGAGCGUCGCCUCCUGCCCGGUGGACGCAGAUCAGGAGUCGGAGCAGCGCAGUCACUUGGUGGCCCUCGCCCAUGCGCCCGUGGUCCGGAUGGGCCAAUGGGGCGGUCACACGCACUGCCUGCUGGCGAACGCGCUUUUCAAGGCGCGAGAUCAGCUUCCUGGGGAUUUGCGGCGGUUGGUGGAGUCUCGCUGGGAGGCGGAGCUGGAGGCGUUGGCGGAGCUGUUGGCCACGGAAGUGCCGGAUGCCGAGAGGUACCUGGCGCGCCUGGAGGCCAGUGGCUGCUUCCACGCGGGGCCCUUCUACUCCGGACAGCUGUUGGCUCGGCUGGGCGUGGAGGAGGCAUCAGAGACCUUUGUCGCCUUUGCGCGGAGGCAACUGGAGUUGGCAGGGGGCGCAGGCAUCCGCUGUGUGGCCAGCUUCACCUUGGAGGCUCGAGGGGAGCAGUCGGAGGUGUUCACCACCACAUCUUCGGGCGCGGGUGUGGAGGCAAGCUUACCCAUCGUCGCGGCGCCGCUCCGCCACGACCGCAGCGGCCAUGCAGAGUGCCUCGGCGGGUUCGGAGCGGUGCGUCGCUUUUCUCGAGGCGAGGGGUGCCCCGUGGUCUGCGUGGUUUGA